AUGCGGGACCACCGCGAACUGACCCCUGCUCUUCUUUGUCGCCCAUCCCCGGCCGAGGGGGCGCGACAGAACCUCAUUCGUGAACCCCCCCUCUGCCCUUCUGUUCUCCCCAUCUCCCAUGGGGGCGGCAUGAAAGGCCCCAUGCGGGAUACCCACGGGGUGACAAACCCCUGCUCGCCGCGCCCCCUCACGGGGCGCCCCCGGCACCUCCCGGCACUACACUUCCCAUGGGGCCGCGCGGCGGAAGCGGAAAAAUUGCUCCCUUCGCUUUCGACCUCUCUCGAGGACAUCUUUACUCACUGGGAAAAAACUCCACCAAAUUCCAAGAGAAGAAACGUAAAUGAUGAGGAGGCAGCCAUCCCAGAAAAGAUCAGAGUUCCUGAUCCCGUGAGCAGCUCUGAGAGCUCAGAGAAAGAAGAGGAUGAGAAAGAGAAGGCAAAGGCUGCAAAUGCAACCAGCCUUUCUCUGGCCACAAACUCAGUAGUGAAUGUAGAAAGCAGUGAGGAAGAUGAAUCCUCGUCGGAAGAUGAGGCUCUGCCUGGGAAAGGUGCAGUGACGGUGACAGCAGCUGUGGUGGGUGGCAAAGCUGCCAACUCCCUGCAUUCGCCUGCCAAGCCUCCUGCCCCAGCAGGCAGAGCAGCAGAGCUCUCUGCUGCUGACAGAACUGUGCUCUCUAACAAGCAGCAGCCCAAUGCUCCAGCCCCAGCCAAGGCCCAGAAACUGCCCAGUCCUGGGAAGCCUGGACAUGCCACAGCAGCUGUGGCCAAAGUAGGGCAAAGCAAAGCACCAGUACCGACCAAAGCACCGGAAAGUUCCAGCAGCAGCUCCUCAUCCGAGAGCGAGGAGGAAGAGGAGACGCCAGCUGCAAAGGCCCCAGCCCCCAAAGCGGAGCCAGCUGCUGGGGCUGAGAGCAGCAGUGAGGAAUCAAGUGAGGACACAUCCUCUGAGGAGGAGCUGGCAAUUCCAGCCAUCCAGGCCAAGCCAGCUGUGGAAACAGUGCAGUCUAACACAGCACCUGUGAAAAGUGCACCUGCUGCUUCAGUGUCCCUUAAGAAGAAAGCAGUGAAGCAAACAGCACUGGCAGCAAGCCAGGCCAGACCUGCAUCAACAACGGUUCCUGGGGCUGCACAGCCUGAUGACACAUCAGAGAGCAGCAGCUCAUCGGACAGUGAAGAUGAGGAACGUCCAUUAGUAACCCAAACAAAGCCACCUCCAAAAGCCGUCCCAUCCCCGGUGAAACCUACGCCAGCAGCAUCACUCUCUGUCAAAGCAGCUCCAGCAAAAACACUUCCACAGUCCCAAGGGAAGGCAGCACCAAAACCAGCAGUGCCAAAGCAGGCUAAAAGCUCACUGGCAAGGACUGCUGCUCCUGUGAAGCCUGCUGAAAGUAUAAAGCCAGUGGAGAGCUCUGCCUCAUCAGCCAGUGAAGAAGAGGAUCUCCCUGUGCCCAUCAGCCAGAAGAGGUUAUCAGACCAGCCCAGGCCUAUUCCUAAUCUGAGCCAGGCUGAUAAAGAUGUGCAGCCUGAAAAAGCAGUGGUAAGCACCUUGAAAAGCCAGGUUUCACAAAAUGGGAGCAGUGACUCGUCUGACAGUGAGGAGGAGUCUCCUGCAGCACAGAGACAGCCUCCAGAAGCUGUGAAAACAAAUUCUGUGCCCCAGCCAACAAACGUGAAAAAAGCACCAGCUUUGGCACCAGCCACAGCCCCUCCAGCUGUGGACAGCAGUGAUGAUUCCAGUGAGGAUUCAGAGGAUGAAAUAGUCCCCCCUUCCCAGAAUCUGUCCCAGCAGAACGUCAAAGUAACUGCAGUUCCGAGCAUGGUGGCUGCAAAGGCAAAUGCCACUCUGCCUUCAGGGAAGAGGACAAAAACUCCUGCUGUCCCUGCAGUGAGCAAAGUGUCUGAGAGCUUGAGCUCAGAGCACAACAUGCUGGCAGGAAAGGUCCCCACUGCUUCUAGCCAAAAGCAGACAGUUCCUGUGGGAAAAGCUUCUCCUGCCAGCACUGCUGUCCCAGGAAAUUCCACUGCCAAGGGGAGGAAGCCAGUCCUGCAGCCAGGACAGGACAGCCACCCAAGCCAGGCUGUGCCACCCACCCAUGCAGAGGACACCACAGACAGCAGCAGUUCCUCUGACAGUGAUGAGGAGAAGGCACCCAAGCAGCCUUCCAAACCUGAUUCUCUGCAGAAACCAGGAGGGAGCCAGCCAGCCCACAGCUCCUCCUCGGAGUCCAGUGAGGAGGAGGAGGAUGCAGCAUCACAGUCCCUCCUCACAGGCUACCCAGUCCUCUCCAAGACCCCAGUAACACCCCAGGCACCAAAGACGGUUCCCCCCCAGCCUGGAGGUGAGGUGGGGCCAGGGAAGGCAGCUGGGAGUGCUGCAAACUCCCUGGCCAAGGGAGCCCUGAAAGCAGCCCUGGCCGACAGCUCGAGCAGCGACAGCAGUGACUCCGACACAGAUGACAACCAGGUGGCUGCAAACCACAAAGCAGAAAACAACCCCCCUUCAAGGCAGGAAGCUACAGAGGUCUCCAACAAAAAGAAGGUGGCAGGAAAAACAGAGCCAGGUCGUGCCAGCCUCAAAGCUUCCUCACUGAAGAAAACCCUGGCAACGAAAGAGAACAAUGUUGGGACAACAGGGGUGCAGGUGACCUCAGCAUCAUCACAUGCCCUGCUCUCCAUCCCAGAGUCACACCCGCCAAGCUCAGGGAAUGAAACUGAGGUCACCACUUCUGCCAAAGUCCCUGCAGUGCAGGCAGUGGAGGGAUUGGAAGUGAAGAAGAAGAAAAAAAAGGAGAAAAAAGAGAAAAAAGAAAAGGAGAAAAAGAAAACAUCCUCCACAGCAGACAAGGCUGUGAAAACAUCCAAGAGCAAAGACAAAGAGAACAAGAAGCAGAAAACGUCUCAGAAGCGGAAGCUGACAGCAGAGGAUGGGGCUGUGGGGCAGCCCAAGGAGAAGAAACAGAAAGGGCAAACUAAUGAAGAAGUACCCAAAAAGAAAAAGAAGAAAGCAGAUGGUGACCUGGAGAAGGUGGCAAGCGGCAAGGAAAAGAAAAAAGCAGAUAAAAAAAAGAAGACAGGAAAAGAAAAGAAGAAGAGCAAAAAGGCAUCCUUGGAAGGGGCGCCUGUAGCAGAUGGCUCUGCUGAGGCUCCCAAGAAGAAGAAGAAGAAGAAGAAAGAAGCUGACCCUGAAGGAUUGUGAGAAGGUACCGCAUUCCUGUGAUUAAAGAUUACGGGUGAAGAUCAAACAGAAGAGAGGAAAAGGAAGCUCACCUGGAGAAUUCCAACUUGUUUUUUAAAUAGUAAUUUAUAAUUUCUUUUAACUGUGACUUUUAGAGCAGAGUUGUGUAACUUUCUGCCUCCUCCUGCCCUGCUGAGGCCCGGAGAUGUGUUUAUAGUCCCUCCAGAUGGAAAGGAACUGGAGGAGGCAGUUUGACCAGAGCAGAGCAUAAACUGCUUUUCUCCACAGACACCCAGCCAUCCCUUUCUCUCACCACAGAGCUAUAUUUUUGAGAAAAACUUUUACCUUUUUUCCCCUCCUCCUGUGACUUGUGGUGUCAGUCCUUUUGCUACUACAAAGAAAGCUCUCGGGUUUCCUUUUUAUUCUAACACUGACAGUGCUGAUUAUCAUGUCCCUGGAGUUGCACUGAACAGUUGUGUCCAACAGCUGUUCUCAGCCAAGGCAGUCAAUUUUUCUUUUGUUUUGGGUUUUUUUUUAUGAAAUACAAAAUAAAAAACAACAAACAGAUUUUACUUCAGCUGCUUUUAGGGGAGGUCAAGGCUGGCUGACUCUGGAGGAUGUCGUAGGGGGGGAGAGCAGAGCCCAGUGUUUGCUGGUCUGGGGCAGGGGGACCCCAGGGUACAAGUGAAAUCAAACAAGGGAUGGGCCAGGAAUGGAGCAAGGAACACAGCCAGUCCUGGGUGGAGAUAAAGCUGUCCAACUGCCUGCAGAGAUUUUUCUUUAUCUCUUUUUUGUAAAGUUUCAUUUAUAACCUCAGACAGCUGCAAACAGCACACAGAGCCCUGCUGGAGUUGCUUACAAGGCUUUUAUAUUCAAAAGUUUAUUUGAGAUUAUUAGCUUGUGAGAUCAUUUAUAAAGGAACAAUCAGAUAUAUUCAGGAAAAUUAGAAGCCCCUCUGCCCAUGGUUACCCACUGCUGAGGCUGUAGGUGAAACUCUAUGUACAAAUCUGAGCACUCCACAAUAAAAACCCAUUACUCCAGUAAUCUAACAGGGCUCCAGCCUACAGGAGGUGAGUUAAAAAGCUGGUGGGGGUUAUUUUGCUGCUUUUAAAUGUUUGUUCAGUGUAAGGAAGCUUAAGUUCUUCAGCAGGAGUGAGCUGCACUGCUGCCUGGGUGCUGUUGGAGGUCAAGCCAAAGAGAA